AAAAUACAACAUCUUUUAGCAAUCGCAUGUGAACAGAUUAGAGUUAGUAUUUUGCAUCAUGUGUGUUAAAGCAGUGCACGUGUUAACAGCUAAUUCUUUAUAAUUUAUAAAUAUUUUUGUGCUAAUUAUAAUAAAUAAACAUAAAUUAGAUCAACAGCAACAGCUUCUGCAAAUUUCAUAAGCAUUGGUCAAUUAGUUUGGCUGAAACAAGCAUUGCAAACGUAAAGCGGAUAACACAUCGUAUACCAACUCUAGUUAGUAUUUUUUUAAAAUUAAAGGAUAGAGCUCGAUUUUAAUAUUAAUCUCAUGGGAUUGUUGAUUUGUAUUGCAUUUUGGAAACAUAAAUUCUUUAACGUUCAAGUAAGAAAAUAAUCUGAACGGAAAAACACAGGAUUUUAAUGUUUAUUUGUGGAACAUGACCUUAAGAACAUCAUGCCGGUGGAUUUAAAUCGUUUGACUGAUGGCUGGUUGGAAUUGGAGUCGGACCCAGGGCUAUUUACUCUUCUUCUGGAAGAUUUUGGUGUAAAAAAUGUACAAGUAGAGGAGGUUUAUGAUCUUCAUAAACCCAUAGAUGGUCCGGUUUAUGGCUUUAUAUUUCUUUUCCGUUGGAUGGAAGAAAGAAGAGCAAGACGAAAAAUAGUGGAAGCUACGGCGGAAAUAUUUGUUAAAGAUGAAGAAGAAGUUUCAAGAAUAUUUUUCGCCCAACAAGUGGUCCCUAAUAGUUGUGCUACACAUGCUUUAUUAUCGGUCCUUCUUAACAGUAACGACGCAGAUUUACAUCUGGGAGCAACCUUAAGUCGUUUAAAAGCUCAUACACAAGGUAUGUGUCCAGAGAAUAAAGGUUGGGCUAUUGGUAAUACUCCAGAAUUAGCUUGCGCCCAUAAUUCCCAUGCAAUGUCUCAAGCAAAACGACGAUUGGACAGAAGUUCUGCUUCAGGUGUAUCCACUGGUCGUUUCACGGGGGAAGCAUUUCAUUUCGUUAGUUAUGUUCCGAUUAACGGCCAUCUUUUCGAGUUAGACGGGUUGAAACCGUUUCCUAUUGACCACGGUCCUUGGAAGGAUAAUGAAGAUUGGACGGAUAAAUUUCGAUGCAUAAUGGCUGAAAGACUUGGAAUUGCGACUGGAGAACAAGACAUACGUUUCAACUUAAUGGCAGUUGUACCUGAUCGGCGCAUAGCAAUUACACAUAAAUUGAAAAUGUUGCGUACUAAUCAGGCUAUUGUAUCAGGUACUCUUCAAAAGCUUUUAAAAGCAAAUGAUUCUGAAUGUUUAAAGAAUUUAAAGAUUGAUAUAGAAUGUCCUGGAACGGAAGAAUACAAAAUAAGAUCUCCGCCCUCUCCAGCAAUGGAACCAAACGCUUUUACAAUUCGCGACUUGCAAUCUUUACUAAAAAAUCUCGUGGCUGAAAUAGCAAUUUGCGAACAACAAUUAAAUGAUGAAAAUGAUAAGAGAUAUAUGUUUAAGGUUGAUGACUGUCGACGCACUCAUAAUUACGACGAAUUCAUUUGCACGUUUUUGUCAAUGCUUGCUCAUCAAGGUGUACUUGGAGAAUUAGUUAGCCAACAUCUAUUACCAUCGAAAAAAAUUGGCGGACAAGGUGUGAACCGAUUGAACAAGGGAUCAAAUCAAACGCUAACACCACAGAAAUCUAAAAAUUGCAAAACGACGAAAAAUUCGGGUAGGAGACGCAAGGGCCGCAACAAAUGUAAAAAGAGAAAAUAACUACCAACAGAGCCAAACUCGAACCUAUAACUGUGUGUGAACUAUUAAAUGCUUACAUAUUAAAUUAACAUUUCUUAGAUAGAAGAUAAGUAAGUGUGGAAAUAAAGAAACAAGGACAUAUUUAUAGCUGUAAACCCAAAAAACUGGUUUAUCUUUAUCAAAAAUAUCUGUUCCGUUAGAAAAAUUUGUGAAAUAAAAUUUAAAUC